AUGUCGAACUUUUACAAGUUGAAAACGAAAUGUGCAGCACGCGCCAUGCAGUUAGAUGUUGCCAUGAGAAAGCUGCUUGCAGACAAUCAGUUAGGAACUGUUACCCAGCAAAGUCAGCCACUAACACCGAAGUAUGCGCUGAUAAAUGCAGCGUUAUUGGAGACAACUGAAGGGUACAAAUAUGUUGGGAUGGUGGAAAACAGGACUAGUGCACAUGCCCGUGAAAGCUACGAUAAA